UCCUGAAUUCAUUUGGCCAAAAUUCAAUAAGUGAUGACUUCAACAAUUCUGAUUGCAUUGAUGGCAUGCCAGCAGAUCACUUCCUUUGUACCCCUGAUAUUCAAGAGCAAGAUAACUUCGAACAGAGUCUUCUGGCUAAAGCACUUCAGAAGGAACCAGAUGACAUCGAGAUUGAGAUAGACCCAAGCGCUACAGAGGUGAAGAUCUGGGACUACCAGUGCCCGCAGUGUGGGAACACUUUUGCCCAAAAACGCUAUUUGGCGUUCCACUUGAAGAACACCUGUCAGAAGGAACCCAGGUACUUCUGCGCCAUGUGCACGGCUAAGUACAAGAAGAAGUACGACCUUGAAUCACACAUACUGCAUAAACAUAUGGACAAAUGAAUAAUUUAACUGUAUGAGUUUUAUUUUCUCAGAUUAUUUUUGAACGUUUAGAAAAUUAUUCAACUAGAUAAGCAGGCUGUUUUAUUUAAAGUAUAUACUUAGUAUGCAUUCCAUUUGUUAGGGUCAGGCUCUACAUCUUGUCAGCAAAAGUAGAUUUACAGUAUAAAGUGUCAGUUGAUGCCUAAUUUAGCAUACAGAGUACCUAUGAACCUAUGAUUAUUUUAUUUGUUUUGUUAUAUUGUUGUUCUUUCUUACUAAACAUAUUUAACCUUUUGAUUACAUUUAGUAUAUACACAGACAGAUUUAGGUGUAUUAUGUGUUCAGGUGAAAAUGAAAUCUAUUCCUCUGUUUUCUAUGUAAAAGAAAAUGUUAGCAUGAGACUAUCUUUGAGAGCAUAAUGAUCUACAUAAUUGAAAAAUGACAUUUCAUAAAUCACCAGGUUAUAUAUAAGUAUAGUAAAUAAAUUUAAGUAGUAUCUAUUAUUCUAUAACUAUAAAAACUAAAUUAUUCUAUUUUAUGCUUUUUACAAAAAUUAUGAAAGGUAUUUAUGUCUUAGUGAAUAGGAUAUGUUAGGAAUCUCAAAAGAGCUAUCAAGAUCCGGAUUUGUAAAUACGAGAAUGUGUUAUAGUUCCUAUUACUAAAUCAGAAAGAAACAUCAACUGCAAAUAAAUAUUGAUUAUCAUUUUUAACACACUUUCCAACAGCACAAAUUGGAGUUUGGCUGUGUAAACGGUAAUACAGUUGGCUUUCAUUCAUUCAUUCUUUUUUUUAUCGCACCACUAAAAAAACACCCAUAUUUAUUUUGAUAUUUCAUUCUAACUAAAUAAUAUGUAAGUAAAUAACUAGUUACAAAACUAAAUAGUAAUUUUAAUUUUGUAUCCUUGAGUAGGUGAGAAUGUUUACUCUAUAUAUAGUGGGAUCAAUUACCUAAUGUAAAUGAAUUACAUAAAUUGUUAUGAACAAAUAUUUUGUAUGCUAAGUUUGUUGUUAUUUCAAUAACUUUUAACUGGCUGAUAUCUGGUUGGCUUUUUGUAAUUAUGAUCAUGUGAAGAAAAUUAUAAUUUUUUUAUUAUAUUUUAAACUAUACCUGCUUUGUAGUGAAUUUAAAUGCAUUAUUAUUAUUAUUAUCAUCAUUACAUUUUAUGUUUAUUAUAGGCAUAUCAUUUUAUUUAUAGAAUGAUAACCUCUUGUUUUUAUUAAAAUAAUUUUGAUACGUUUUUGUUUCAUUUGUGAGCAAAACAGGGACAUCAUCAGGAACUUGCCAUGGCUAUUUUGAUAGAAAUAUGUCAAAUAAUCACAUUUCUGCAUACAGUUUGAAAAAUAUUAUUCCAUUUUGAAUGGUAAUGCUUAGUCUAAAAUGUGUGAAUGUCAAUAUUUGUGAUAACUGAAUAUGUCAUUAGUCUAAGCUUGUGAUAUAGGAAGCAAAAUGUUACCAAAUAGAUCAAAACUUAUAUAGACUAACAACGAUUUGAUAGUAAGUGUCUAUUAACAUAGUAUGAAAAAUAUAAAAAAUACUAUUACAGUUAGUGAUUUUUGUAAUAGGCCUAGUACAAACA